AUGUUAGACUUCCAGGCGAGAAGAGCCGAUGGGCCCGAUGACGCUCGGCUCCGACGCAGAGGGUCGCAGAUUCGCGUUGGAAAUGGCAAGCGGGCGAGGAGCGCCAUCAUAUCCCACACUCCUCCUCAGUCACGGCGACCAUCGACUAGCAACCACCUUGCACUCUUUCGACUCGCGUCUGAUCUGAUCAACAUGGGAGCUGGACCUCGAUACCCUUACCCGAAGGAGGUGUGGACGCCCGCAGGUGGCUGGUGGACUCGCCCCAACAACUGGGUUUCGAAUACGGCCGUGUGUGCCGUCGGCAUCGCACUCGCAACAUACGGCGUGUGGACGUACAGCGCAGACCGAGAGUGGAGGCACAACGCUCCUACCAAGCCCAUCCCAUCUAUGAACUGGGCAAGGCAGUUCAAGGAGGGCGAGCUUUCGGUCAAGGAGCCUUAA